AUGGUUCUUAGGGUGGCGACGCGAGUGAGGGAUGGUGGAAAACAGAGUUCAAUUCUACUGGAAAGAUCACCAUGGGCUACCGUUACUGCUUCAUAUUUCCUCUUAACCGCUGACUAUGGCCCUGAACCUAAUGUUCUCGACCCAAUUAAGAAUACCAUACUAUCAGUGCAAAGUUCUGUGAAAGAGUUCAUCGUUGGAUCAAGGAAAGAACACCAAGAAAGUUCGCGGACUUCCGACAACGCAAAAGAACACCCGUAGGAUAUAAAUUGAAACAGUUUCGUGGUUCGUCUAUUGAAUAAGGCUUUAUAUGGUCAUUAACAUUGAGGAAUGCCUGCAAAACGUUAUAUGAAUGAGACCAAUAUUCCUUUAUCCCUUUUUGUGAUUUCAACAGGGAAGUUUGGAUUGUGUAGUACUCGUAGCAGUGUGUACUUUGUCCCUUCCUUCAAACUUCCUGGCCUUUCUUUUCUUUUCUUUUCCUUCUCGUCCUUUACUAGUAUUAUUUAUCCAAAC